AUGAUUGCAUGCGGCGUCUGGUCGUUGAUGCUUGUGAACGUCUCUUCCUGGUUUGACAAACUGUCAGAACUUUUCGUGGCCGUCGGCCGAUCGGCACCUCGUUACCAGGCCAUGGCCUUACUCUAUCCACGAUCCAAGAAGCUGCAAUCACACCUCUCUGAAUACUUCCUGGUAGUUGUCCGCAUCUGCCAUGAUUUGCUGAAGCUGACGCGAAAAUCGAUGUUCGCACAGCUAGUCUCUUUCAUGACGGAAUCCGACAUGAGCAGUAAUCAGGCGGAGUUUGAUCUAUGGGCGAAUGCGAUCAAGGAGGAGGUGAACUUGCUGAUGGCACAACAACUUCAAGAGCAAAGCCGCCGCCUUAUAUCGCUUCAUGAAUCGGAAUCACAUCGCAAGAAACUCGAGAACCGUCUCCGCAUCCUUGAUUCUUGCUCAACAUACGACUAUCAAACGACGUGGAAGGAAAUCCGUAGAUGCGGAAACACUAGCUGGUUCACCUUGCAGCGUGAAUACCAAGAUUGGAAAUUUAGAAGCGAGUCUUGUACACUCUUAUAUUCAGGGAAGCUCGGAUAUGGAAAGUCUAUCUCACUAGCCAACAUGGUUGAUGACCUAAACCUCCAUCGACAAGGCAGUCUAGUCACUUAUUCUUUUUGCCGGCACGACGCUCCCGAAAGCCUGCGAGCACACACAAUCCUGGGCGCUCUGGCCCGGCAGUUGCUAUGCACGAUUGAAGAGCCCACCGCGAUGCCAGAAGAUUCCACCGUUACGGGUCCUCCGUUCCUCGAUUAUGAAGGAAUACUCCACUUGCUAAAACGUACCCUUAACCCUAGUUGCAGAGCUUACUUUAUCCUAGAUGGACUAGAUGAAUGCGAUGACAAUCAGAAAGAAGAUGUAAUCUCCCGCUUGCGGGAGAUUCAGACUGUAUGUUCACUCCUAGUUUGUCUAUCAUUCAGACAAGAGGCUAGCAAUGUACUAGCACUGCGCCUUGAAAAUUUUGCGAAUCGGAGCAUGAUUUCUAUUCCGGAGAACAACCCCGAUAUCGCAGAGUUCAUACAAACAGAAUUAGAAAGGCAAGUCGACUUCGGGAGGCUAAGGGUAGGGGAACCGACUCUUGUUCUAGAGAUUCGAGAUGCCCUAUUAGAAAGGGCUCAGGGCAUGUUUCUCUGGGUGGUUCUUCAAAUCAACUCUCUCUGCCUAGCAAAGACAGACGAAUCUAUUCGUCACGCUUUAGCCGACCUCCCAAGGGAUCUUCCAAGCACCUUCUCUCGCAUUUUAGAACAAUCGGCGGCAUUGGGAAAGAAGGACCAGAGGCGGAUUCUUGAACUUAUUACUGCGGCUUAUCGUCCCCUGGCAACCGACGAAUUACGAGAAGCCCUGAGUGUGGUUCCAGGAGACCCUGACUGGAAUCCGGCACGGAUGCCCAACGACAUCUAUGCAGCAUUAGCCUGUUGCGGAAGCCUGGUGGUCGUGGACGAAGAGACCCUAUCGGUAAAACUGAUACACCAUAGCGUCAAGCAAUUCUUGCUCAGUGGGCCAAAGGGCAUGGUCGGCCAAACAUUCACUAUCCAGGAUGCAAACAAAACCAUGGCUGGUGUCGUUAUGACAUACUUGGACUAUGGUAUUUUUGACACCCAGCUUUCCAACGGAGUGAUUCCACUGGUCCAGCAUGGAUCAGUCCCGAUGAAGGUUGUUAGCUCCGUUUUGGACUCAUCGAGCAUCCAAAAGGUCGCACUAAGACUUCUGAAGUCUCAAAAGCCGUCAAGCAUUGACGUCAGCAAAGUUCUAGCGAGGGAGGCCAAACGCUCCAAGAUGCAACCUUCCAAUCAAUAUUCCUUCCUCCUUUACGCUAGGUUAUAUUGGACACAGCACAUUUUGUGUGAUCCGGAGCAAGAUCUGGCGACUUACAAAUCUCUAUGUCGAGCUCUAGAUCGGAAUGUGCUUGUCGUAGAUGUGAGGGAUGCCGAUGGUCGGACGCCGCUAUCUUGGGCUGCUGAGAGAGGACAUGAGGCUGUGGUGCGUCUGCUGCUCGAGAAGGGUGCCGCUAUUGACUCAGAGGAUAGAUUUGGUCGGACGCCGCUAGAGUUCGCUGCUGAGAGACGACAUGAGGCCAUGGUGCGACUGUUGGAAUCGUAUGGUGCUCAGUCUCACACCAAUCUGGCGACGAUGUCUAGUAGACCUCAUUGA